ACAGACGCAGAACAGCACAGGGAGACAACACAUCUAGAUGCACAUUAGAGUUGAGGUAAGAAGUAGAAGUUACUGUAUUUGACCACCAGUGUGUUAAGAUGUCAGAGGGAGUCUAUGAAAACCCAGAACCAUUUAAAGACGAUGAGCCUGAUGCUAUGAAGAACACAGACAUUGAUGGCCAAAUAUAUUCCAAUGUAAGAGCCUUCAAGCCCAGUCCAAGAGAUGGAAUUGUUGCUUCAGAACCUGAUAGCUCAGGGAAGAGACCCUUCCUAGUUGCCGCAGUGUGUCUGGGGCUGCUGUGUGUUCUCCUACUGGCUGGGAUCAUAGGCCUGUCUGUCUACUAUAACAGAGUCAUCAAAGAUUCUGAGGAUAAAAGGAACAACUUGUCACAGAGUUGUUCCCUUUAUGAGAAUAACGCAACUGCAGAGAGAGACCAGCUACAGACCAGAUACAACAACCUGACUAAAGAGAAAGGUCAUAUUCAGGCAAAGCUUUUUGUGAUGGAGCAGCAUUGUCAGGAGGGAUGGAGAUACUUUGACUCCAGUUUGUACUUCCUCUCUACUGAGAAGAAAACCUGGGAGGAGAGCAGACAGGAUUGCAAGAGGAGAGGAGCAGACCUCGUGAUCAUAAACAGCAGAGAGGAACAGACAUUUGUCUUUAACCUCCACAUGAGAGCCUGGAUUGGUCUGACUGACUCUGUCACUGAGGGGACCUGGAAGUGGGUGGACGGCACAUCACUGACCACAGGGUACUGGAGCGCAGGACAGCCUGAUAAUUAUGGGCAGGAGGACUGUGCUGAGAUAUACUUUAGACAAGAUGACCCUGUAAAGACAUGGAAUGAUGACAAAUGUGGCACAAAUCAUAACUGGAUCUGUGAGAAUGUGGUGUAACAAUAACACAGUAACAAACA